AUGAAGAACGCAGACGUUUGGCAUCUACUCAGUCCUUUAAAGUCCCGGAUCGAAAAGGCUACUGACGAUGGUCCGCCAGCUGGCCCAGUGCCAAGAAUCUUGCUCUCUUCUGGAUGUAGCCAAAAGGAGGGAGUUAAGCUGUCUGUACGCUGGAUGGAAAGCAUACAGCACUGUCAUGUCGUAUUUCCGGAAAGGCUCUGCUAG